GGAACCCAAGAGCAGGAUAAAAAUGCAAAAUCCAACAGAAGUUACUGAUUUAGACGGUGUUACUUCACACAUUUCUAAAUGUGUUCAUGAAUACUUGAGUAAAGUAGUAUGUAUGCCUACCCAUAAUUUGAAAGUGCUCAAGAGAACAACAGACUUGAAAAAAGGAGAUUUUUCUGUUGCUCUACAAAAGGUGAAUGAUCAAGUGGGUAUUUCCGAUGACAUCAGUCCAGCGUUAAUGACCCAAAGUCAAAGCUUAGGCCUUCCAAUCCGAUCAUACAGAUAUGACGCAAAAGGAGGCUUUCUAUAUAUUACAUUGGAGAGAGCUGUGAUAUUUAAAUCCUUGCUGGCCAAGGUGUCUGAAUAUGGAACAGAGUUUGGCUGUAAGAAGGACAUAAAUAACUCCAUAGAGAUGGUGGUCCAUAUACCAGUAGAAUGGCAAAGUGAUGGCCAGAUGAACUUGGACCAAGUACGAGCAAUUCUAUUGAGUCAACAUGCUUCUCUUCUACUUCAAAAUGCUGGGCACAAAGUCCACGAUGUGCAAUACAACUGUCCAGAACCAGUGAAUAAAUUGAUUAAACUAUAUCUUAACAAGGAUAACAAAUCUGAUGAGAACAAAAGUACUGUGUCACUUGAAGAGGAUAUGAAAGCAUUAUUUGAAAAAUGUUUGAACAGUAAAUGUGCAGAAAAGUGUAAAGAUGGAGGCACUGGUACUGUUAUCAACCUGAAGUCUUACUCGGAGGAAAUUAGUGAUCUCAACGGAGGCUUUGAUAAAAAUAUUCAAUAUGCAAAAUUUGACUCUUGGAAUGACACAAAAUUAAAACAAGUUGCAGAGCUGUCUGCUAGUUACAAAACUUUCCAGAAUGACCUCCAUUGUAUACAUAUUGUAGCUCAAAAGCAAGCCUAUAGUCAACAACAAGUGGACCUCAUAUGGAGCAUGCUUGAGGAUAACACAUCCCAUCAUAUAGAACAGAGUCACUUUGUGUACAGAGGAGUGGCUUCCAGGUGUAACCGUAACUCUGGAGGUGGUCAUAACACAAUGCCAAAUGCCCAGCAAUUUUACAAUCUCAGGUUUAAUCAAAUGAAGGAGUCCACAAUUAUGAAAUAUGGAAAUAUAGCUAAAGGAGAGAAAUGGGAGUCCAUGAUGCAUGAGCUUACGUCAGCUGCUAUCAAAUUUGAAAUGCUCACAACAGUUCCAAGUAACAUGGUGAAACUGGAUCUCUCUGAGCAGACUGACAAAGGAGGUCCUAUGGACAACAAAGGAGGUUCAUUCGUGUUGUACAACUGUGCUAGACUUUCAACUCUCUUUCAACAUUUCCAUAGUAAUGUAGCUGCAGGCGUAUACCCUCCACUUCCUGAUCUUGAUUCCAUAGACUGGUCCCUUCUUAAAGAUGAGGAGGAAUGGUCCCUUCUCUUCAACUAUGUGAUGUCUUACCCCAGUAUUGUACAACAAGCCAUAGCUCCUCUGCACAAGGGCAUUCAUAGCCAAAUACAAACUCAUAAAAUUUGUAAUUUUCUGCUUCAUAUGGCCAGAGACAUGAGUUCUUAUUACAGUAGGGUUCACAUAUUGUCUGAAGCCAGGCCUCACUUGUUACCCCUGAUGCACAGCAGACUCCACCUGAUGAAAGGCCUACAGCAAGUCAUGCACAAUGCCCUCAGUCUCCUCAACAUACAACCUCCAACACAAAUGUAAAAAAAAGAGGUGUAUAGUAUCCUGAUAACAGGGAGAAAAUUCAAAGAAGUUCAUUCAACAGAUGGGACAUUUUAGGAUUUCUACAGUUUUUUAGAACAUGAGAGGUCAUAGACAUCAGCCUGCAACGAUAAAACUUAUGUACAUCACUAAGAACCCCAUAAUUGAACCUAAUUGGAGAAUUUCUUUUUUUUAUUACUGAUAAAGUUGGCAUGAUAUAUAUGUAUACACCUACCAUUGUUAUGUCUGCCAGUGAUGUGAAUGCUCAUCUCACUGGGGAAGUAAAGAGAGAAUGUGCUGCCAUCCCUGGUGGAGAAGUCGCCUGUAGAACCUCGUCUCUGACUGAAAAUGUCUUGCAGGUUCAGAGUACUGUCCCUUGUCAGCCCUAAAAUAUAAAAUAGAUUCUUUAUGGUAUACACUACAU